GAUUAGUCCUUUCGCAAAAGUUCGUGGUGUUGGAUCGGGAGUCCUCAGGAUUUUGUUUCGGUGGUGUUUUUGAUUCAACCGCAGUGCCGGUUGGUUGCCAAAGUAAAGGAUAUGCAAUUCGCGUAAACAUUUGUAGAGUCGUUGGCGAAGUCUUCCUGGCAGUGUGCGCUUUGUGGUUUCCGGGAGCAUCCAAUCCGGCUGGACAGGACAAUCAUAAAUAGGGCACUACUAGGGUUUGAUCAGUGCACUGCCUGCAUGCUGGGCACUUCGUAGUUAAGACUUUAGGGCCAUAAAAUAAGUGUAAAUAGUAUUGUGGCGGGUACAAGGGCAAUAUGAGUUGGUUUAUGUUUGUUGAUUUUACCAGCUGACGUUCCCAUAAUCGAUAGGACAAAACCGUCGUUGGGUUUAGCGUUUGAGAUAACGUGCAGCCCGCGUGCGGCCAAUUACCUGGGGAAAUGCUACCGGCUAUCAAGGAAUGUACCGUCGAAAAUCUGAUGGAAUGUAAAUUCAGAGACGUGGUUGCCGCCAAGCGGCUUUACUGGUGAUUAGCUGAAGUGAUGUUGAAAGCCCAAGGCAAAAACAAACAAAGCUCACUGCAUAAAUAAAUUGACGCGUUGGUUUAUCGAGAAAAUUGAUUCCAGUGUGCGAUUGCGGUAAUUUUCAUAAAUUCUGGGUGAAAAUCGUAGGAAGGAAUUAAUUAUAAUCAAAUCUAAAUAAUGAAUUCUCCCCCACGGCUUAUUGGUAUUUUGGCCCCCGUUGAAGGGAGGAUAUAAGAAGAAGCCGGAGGCGAAUUAUUGGAUGACGAAUUCCCAAAGUGGAUGAAUGAGUGUAUCAAAGAACGAACAAAAAAGCCAACAUGCUAUCAUGGGCUGGGUGAGGCACAUGUCGGUUUCAUCUAGCGUCGCGACGUCUUUUCAUGUGAAUGCGCGCCUUGUAUUUUUUUUCGAAAAGCAAAGAAUUCGUCGCUACCAAUAGAAACCGCAUAGAGUGUUAGUGCUACUUGUUGUGGUAACCGAUCAGCGAAGAUUCAAAACCGAGAGUGGAAGAGGGUAAUAAUGUAAUAAAUUUUUGUGGAAAGUACAAUUUCGUGACAAUCGGCAAUAAAAACAUUUCAAACAAAGAAACCCAAAAGUGUAAAAAACCGGUAGAACAAGCGAAAGCAGAAAAUAAAACGGAAAGGAAAUCUCUCCGCCUCGUGCUGCCUUUAACUCCAUUGUUGAAUGGAAACUGUGCUGUAAUAGUGUGAUGGGGCCACCGGAAGCAGCGCCCAGCCCUUAAACCCCCAGGCCCCCUCCCCGCCAUCACUACUUUUCUUUCAAAUUUUACGGAGUAAACCGAACAACAGUCAGUCAGCUGCUUUGCCAAAGUGUUGGAGGAAAAUAUUUAUUAUGCAAGGAUAAAGUGAAGUGAGAAAAUUCAAAGUGUUUUAUUUUUCCUGCACUCGUGGCUCUGGUUUAAAUUGUUCUUAGCUGGUGGUGGUGCUAUGCUUUAGUGUCGGGCAUACCGAAAAACGUUACGUUCGAGAGCACCGAAAUGUGGGUUUGCCUGGCGGUGGAGGUGCUUAUCCUUGGCGCGCUGGAACAACCAUCAGUAGGUACCAUCGCCAAACGUCGCCAUAGUCAUCGCAUCAGCCAUCAUCAUUAGAUGGAAGCAGCAAAAACGAAGGAGUUCUCGAUAGCAGUUGCAACACACUCAUCAGACCAAAUCGUGCAAAUACAGAAUACUCUGAACCGAAAGCAAACGGUUCAACUGCUGCUAUCACGAGCAAAAGUAUUCAAACCAGAAUAAGUUCAAAACACACAGUUUUAGCCAAGAAGGUUGAACCAUCAUCGCAAAAACAUACGGCGGCACUUCCCAUAAGCACCUUCUCAACAGCUUAGGAAAGUUCUCUCUGGGAAAACUACCCCACCUCAACCUCCAUUCGAGACACCGUCAAUUCUGCAGCUCAAGGGAGGUUCCCGGUGUGGGGAUUUCGCGGCGGCCGGUAGAAAGGGAAAAUAACAGAAGCAGAUUCUUCACCAAAACACCCAUCAAGAGGAGAAGAUUUCAGCUAUUCGUGCUAUGAAGAAAGCAGCAAAAUCGAAUGCAAUGCUUCUGCUAGCAAGUGUUGUUCUGAUUCUGAAUGGAUUUCUCAUCAGCAGCACGCACAGCGAAGAAGAAGAGGCUGUGGAUGAUAACAACGCUUAUAUUUUAGAUAGAGACUUGCCAAAGUUUGGAGAGCCGAUCCAGAACCUGACGGUAGCCGUCGGCCGAGAAGCGAUACUGACUUGCGUGAUUGAUAAUCUACAAACGUAUAAGGUCGCCUGGCUGAGGGUUGACACACAAACGAUCCUCACGAUACAGACGCACGUAAUCACCAAGAAUCACCGAAUGACGAUAACGCACGUCGAGGGCCGCAAAUGGGUGCUCCGGAUCAAGGACGUCAAAGAGUCCGACAAGGGAUGGUACAUGUGCCAGGUCAACACCGAUCCGAUGCGAAAUCAGAUUGGCUUCCUCAACGUGGUCGUGCCGCCAAACAUUCUGGACUAUCCAACGAGCACGGACAUGGUCGUGCGGGAGGGCAGUAAUGUGACGCUAAAGUGUGCCGCAUCCGGUUCCCCACAACCCACCAUCAUGUGGCGCCGAGAAGGCAACGAGCCAAUUAGUUCCGGAGCUUCCAGCUUGAAUGCGUCGACAUUUUCGAUAGCCCGGGUCAACCGACUGAACAUGGGGGCCUAUUUGUGCAUCGCUUCCAAUGGAAUUCCACCAUCAGUCAGCAAACGGGUGAUGCUGAUAGUGCAUUUUCCUCCGAUGAUUUGGAUUCAGGAUCAGCUUGUCGGUGCAGCCCUUGGGCAACGUUUAACUUUGGAAUGCAACUCGGAGGCUUUUCCGAGAUCAAUCAAUUAUUGGAUGAAGAACGACACAAUCAUAACUCAAGGUAAACGAUUUGAGCCAACCACUCACGAGGCCAGCAACUAUAAGGUGGUGAUGAAGCUGACCAUCAAGGAGGUCGACAUCGGUGACUUUGGCACCUACAAAUGUGUGGUCAAGAACUCCCUAGGAGAAACUGAUGGAUCAAUCAAAGUUUAUCAUAUUCCCUCAACGACACUUGCACCAACCAGUCCACCAACCACCACUAUGUUGCCAACCACAACUGAAAUGCCCUAUCGCAAAAAUUAUAAAAACAAAAUUUAUCGACCACUGGAUGAAUACUCUUCGUCUUCGAAUAAAAUUCUAGUCAGCGAUAGUGGUGAACUGUGGAACAUUGAUUUGUCAAAGGAUAAAGAACGCGAGCGCUACAGGGAAAGUCCCGCCAAUCUAGAAGAUCAGCGGGAGAAGGAAGCAUUCGUUGAUGACACCAAAUCGGGUGCCUCCCGGCGAACACAUAUGGAGGAACUGUGCUACUUAUUACUCGCAACUCUAGGAACGGUCAGGAUGAUCGUACAGCUAAGGUGAUCACUGCAUCAGAAUGAUAAUAGGCUAAUACAGUAAAUUUCGUAGAAAAAAUCAACAACUUUGAAAAAGCACUAAAACAUUAAUGAUCCCUUAAAUGAAGUAUUUACUUGAAGGUAUUCCGCGAUGCAUGACAAAAUGAAACAUUGAACCUAGAAUAGAAGAAAGAUAGUGAAUAUAUUGAUUAAAUGCAAACCAAAACCUAAAAUGUUAUACAAUAAAUAUGAGUUUUAUAA